AUGGCUGAUGAACACGACCGCAUGGAUGUCGACAGUGUAGAGCAAAAAGAACAAAUACCCAAAGCUAAGAACUCAAAACAGAGGUUUGAAGUCAAGAAGUGGACAGCUGUGGCCUUUUGGUCAUGGGACAUCCAGAUUGAGAACUGUGCCAUUUGCAGAAACCACUUAAUGGAACCAUGCAUAGAGUGUCAGCCUAACGCCAUCAACAAUGUCGACAAAGAGUGUAUCGCUGCCUGGGGUGUCUGCAACCACGCGUUCCAUUUACAUUGUAUCAAGAGAUGGUUAAAGACAAGAAAUGCCUGUCCUUUAGACAACACCGAAUGGACAUACCAGAAGUUUGGCAGUUAGUCUCAACCAGACCUUCACAUUCCCUUUAUCAUUCUAUGAUCGAUCCACGGAUCGCUCUGAGAUGGCAAGCCAGCUCAGAUGGACCCGCCAGCAAUUUCGUCCUCCACUCCAGCGGGUGCUACCGAGGUCACCACGAUCUACUGUAGUAGCUUAGCUACAUAUGAUUUCUAUACGAUAACAUUUUCUAUAAUAUAUAUACAGUCCGUUUG